UUUGGUGUAAAUGAAUUUUUCACUUGCGCGGCGUGACCUGAAUGAGAAUAAACCACCUGACUCCAUCGCCACCCUCAUCCAUCCUCUCACGUGUAAAGAGCGCGCCCCCUUCGUAUAUCUCCCGCGUAAAGACAAAUCACGAGGACCUUUUCAAUUCUCCAGAGCUUAAACAAAGAAAGGAGACCAACACGACAAAAAGUGUUACUUUGACAAAAUUGAACGAUUCAAUUCGAUAAGAAAAGACCUAAUCACAACAUGGCAGGAACACCACCACCUCCUCAAGAACACGAACAGCAAAACGCUGCUGAGACUGCUGAACAAGAAGUCGACCCUGCUAUCCAAACAGAUAUCGAUCAAGGCCAAGCCGAUGAUAUGGAAGCUGCUGCCGCUCAAGGUGGUAUGGAUCGUGAUGUAAACUCGAUCCUUGCAAAUUUGAAUCAAGAACAAUUGGCAAGCAUCGUAGCAGCUGCUCGUGCUUCCGAGGGAGGAGCAAAUGGAGAUUAUUCCAACACAUCAGGCGUGGAUGCAUCUAGCAUCUUGGCAGCCUUGCCUCCCCAUCUAGGUCAAGCUGCUUCUGCUCUCACCUCUUUUGCCUCUUCCUUUAAGCGUGAUCAAGAUGAAGGAGAGCAUCGUGAAGAUGGCAAUGGCGAAAACCAACAAGUCGAGCACGGUGACCAAGGUGAGCAUCAAGCAGAAGGUCAUGCAGAGCAAACAGGCAAGAAAGGAGAAGAACUCAAGCAUGACCAACAUCAAUACGAUGAAACCAAUCCUGAUGACUCUUUGGCCCAAACCACGGAGCCUCCAGGAGAUCAAACUACGGACGAUUACCGCAACGAGAAUGCCACGCAAGCUGCCAUAGCUGCAAUGGAAAGCUUAGCAGCUCAGACAGGUCUUGAUCUACAAGAUCAAAAUGGCAAAGGUCGUGCAAAGCGUGAUACAGGACCAGAAGCUGAACGACUGCGUAAAGAUCAACACAAAGAAGUUGAGAGAAAACGUCGUGAACAAAUUAGUAAUGGUAUCACUGAGUUGGGCGCCAUGGUGCCUGGCUGUGAUGCGAAAGGUAUCAAUAAAACAGCUAUUAUCAAUUCUGCCGUUCGUUAUAUCAUAGAAUUGAAAGAGAACGAAGCAAGCAAUAUCGAAAAGUGGACUUUGGAGAAAUUGUUAAUGGACCAAGCAAUGGGCGAUCUCAAUGCACGAUUAGAAGCACACAAGAAGGAAUUGUCAAGAUUGCGUGCUGAAUUAGGCCUUCCUGACGAACCACUUGACGAGCCAGAACAUCUACAACAAUAUACAGAUGAAGAAGGAGAAGUAGAGCAACACCAACAACAGAACGGCGAACAAAUGGAAGGCAUGGAAGGAGGAGAAGAACACCAAGAGGCUAACAAUGAAGCGAUUGACCCUAACCUCGACCCUUCGGCCAAAGACGGUCUCGCUGAUGGAACGGACGGUGCUGAAGGCGUGGCAGUAGAAGGUACAGAGGGAGCGAAUGAUAACAAGACAUUUGCUGGAAAAGAUCCCAAGGUGCAUUUACGAGAGGAAGACGAUGGCGUGAAUGCAACCGCUACCACACAAGAAGAUGGCGGAGAUCGUGCAAAGCGUAGUCGCAAUGUCUAAAUUAUACCCUCCGCUAGUUGCUUUCUUGCUGUCUUAAUUAUGUGCUAUUUCUAUAGAGCUUCGUAUUUGUAUAAUGGGAUGUACCUAAAACUCGUUUCCCUCAUAAUUUAUCAUUUUGGCCGAUUCUCUUGAUGUGAAGUCUGUGUGAGUCACUUGCUUAUGACGAAGAGGUCAUGGUCGUGGGAAUGGGCCUAUCUGCAAAGAGCACGUGUUUGGUUCAGCUGUGCUCCAAAGACUGCCCAUACGCCUCGCGUUUUUAUACUCAAAAAAGAUGAAGAGA